GAAGCGAUUCUCUUCUCGGUCAUCUGACAAUCAUAAUAUUUAUAGAUUUGAUCAUAUAGUAAUAUAUACUAUUAAAUACUAAUUCCAUAAGCAAUGAACUCAACUAGUUGCAUGUACUACCUAAUUUAUGUGAAGUGAAGAAAUACAAGUUUUAAACACCGAUACCCGCUAAAAAUCUGUCCGUUAACGACAGUCAAUUAGUUCUAUAACGUCAUAUCCCAAGCCAUCGUUCGCGUGCCACGAUUGAUUGUAACUAAUGGAACAGAAGCAGACAAAGCGCUGGCCAUAUGCUGUAAUCACGGAUACAAAUCAGUUCAUAAUUUAUUUACAAUCCAAUAAAAUCGAUAAAACACCAUACGUACACACCGUUUCAUGCAGUGUGACCAACGCGCGUGAUGGCCAGUCCUUUGCACGAAUGUCACUUCCCUCUAGUUUCAUAUGAACUUUCAUAUCGCGAUACAGUGCACGGAGGGCCUACUUCUAAAGGCCAAACUAUCCUGAAACGGUGUUAUCCUCACGAGCCAGCCAGUUCAGACCUUGAGCUGUAUUGACCAGCGUGGGAAAACUUGUGUCGUCCUCGGAUACUACUAGGAAGCGUGCGAAACGGCUGUUAUCCAGUAGGAGUUGAGCCGUGCUGAAGUGUAUCCUGAUUUUACAUGCUGUUGGCUUUAUCGAGUUUAUCAGCAAACUUGAAACUUGAAAAUGCUAUUACAAAUGGAUCGAUAAGGAUGCAUAUUGAACACGUUAACAGUGCUCACAAAAAGUGAAAACCCUCAUAUUGUAAAUAUUGGAAGUAAUGAAGUAAUUGAAAUAUGAUUUGAGUACUCGUUAGCAAACAUACGUUGCAAUUAAUUGUGAUCUGUGUUGAUAGAAUGAGUGACGCCAGCGAGCCAAUCAACGUUAAUGCUAGUGAUGCCAUGAAUGAUAGUGUCGUAGUCAAUGUCGAGGCAAUUGAAGACAGCGAGUGCCCCCAAGUCGGUAGCAUUUCUGUGUCAUCAGAAAAUCAUCAAACUUCACCUGGCUCAAAGCAGAUACGAAAUGGAAGCUUGCCCGAGAGCUUGUUAUAUCGCAGUUCUCUCAAUGUGCUGCUGCCAAACUUCAUCGAAAUGGAGCAACGCGCCAGUUCACCGUUCAACAAACUUCACCAGCGAAGGGCGAUACAAUCAAGUCCACUAAAAAAAGUUCGUCGCUACAGUCAGGGUGCAUUUCCACUGCCGAGAGUUAGCCGGAGCAUUAGCGAGGUGAUACAGCACAGAGAGCAGGAUAAUUUAUUAAUGCGAUAUAGCACUGACAACAUUCAAUCCAUCAAUAGCAUUGUCGAGUUCGCUAGUUGCACUGUGGAUAUGAACGGUGGGAUACACUCACAUUUGAAGGAAAAUAACAGCAACUAUGCCGGAAGCAUAACGGACGCCAGUAACAAGACCAACAAGUUUUUCGCUACGAGGACUAACAGCACCAAUACAAACGCUGAGCUAGAAACACAUGGUACGGUUUCCACGGCAUCAAUUCAUCCUUCGGACAAUAAUAUUCCGCACGUGGCCGAUGGCACAACAACUAAGGGUUACCAUAGGGGCUCGGAGGAAACGGCGAACGACACACAAUUCGCUCGGCUGAAUGUCUCCAACGAAAAGACUCUCACCUCGCUAGAUGAUAUUAUGGAAAGCCCUUUGCUCAAAACGCCAGUAGAGAAGUGGCUCGAGGCGCAGGACAGAGCUCUGGAGCAAAUGCGGGAAAAUGACGAUAAAGAGCGAAGUUUCGAUUAUUACAGCAAAAUAUUUGGUCCAAAGAUAGCCAACAACGAGAACAUUCCCGGAACACCGAUGGAUGCGUCGGAGAUUGCAUCGGAGUUAAACAAAAGUAUCAAUUCCAGUACGGUCAGUGCCAUAAACGAACGACGGCGGUCAUCCACUAAGUUACUGACCGGGAAUUCACCUGUGAAAACCUCAUGCCCCGAUGAAAAUGAUGCGCACGGUCGGAACAGCAUGGGCGGCGUGGGUUUUAGAAACAAGAAACGGAAAUUCUCCGACAACAUGGACCACAAUCGAAGGCCCAGCAAACAAGACAAGGAGGGUCUCGAUCCCGAGUCGCUCAUGUUUCGCGACGGACGGCGAAAAAUCGACAUGGUGCUUUGCUACGAAGAAGAAGACGAAGGUGUCAUGACAGAAAUGGAAGCUUUAAGGAGGUAUCAGCGCAAAAUUUUCCAAGAAAACCUCGUGAAAGAAGGACUGGAAGUCGAAGUCGAACAUAAAUCGCAAGCGUUCGAUGAGAAGACAUAUUUUGUUAAAAUCCAUAUACCCUGGCGAACGGAGUCACGUUAUGCGGAAGUGAUGAAUCUGAAACUGCCAGUGAAGCGAUUUAUCACCAUCAGCGUUAAGGAAGAAGAAUCCACACUGAGGAAGCAUCAAAAUAGAAUCCUCAGUUACUGGAACAAAGUGGUGUCUUUAACCGAGUACAACCAUAGUAGAAUCGAGAAGGAGCCGUCCUUCUACUCGGCAACGGCGUGUGGCAAUCCGGAAGAGCAGUUCAUUGUCAAAGAUCGUUGCACAACGUACAACAGUGCUCAGCGAAGUUUGAUUGUGAUGCAAAUUCUGAUGAGGACACGUUUCGAUGAGACAGAAAAGGCAACGUUCGUUGGCAUCCGACGACUGCUGAACGAUAGUACUUACCUGGCAUGUUUCCCGCUACACGAAGGACGCUACGACAGGAACCAUUCGACGGGUGCUGUCUUCGACCGAAGGUUACUCUACCUGGAGUGGGCUAGACCAAUCAAAUGGUACAAGAAGCAGCCACUCUGUCUGGUGAGAAAAUAUUUCGGCGAUAAGAUAGCACUGUACUUUUGUUGGCUGGGAUUCUACACGAAAAUGUUGUAUGCACCUGCUAUUGUGGGAUUACUCUGUUUUCUGUACGGUUUAGCAUCCAUGAAUUCAAAGGACAACAUCCCAACAAAAGAAAUCUGCGAUUCAAAUGGGCCUGGGAAUGUGACACUUUGUCCGUUAUGCGACAAAGCUUGUAGCUAUCAGAGGCUGUCCGAAUCAUGCUUAUUUGCCAAACUAACGUACCUGUUUGAUAAUCCAUCGACAGUAUUUUUCGCCAUUUUUAUGUCAUUUUGGGCGACAACUUUUCUCGAACUGUGGAAACGAAAGCAAUCAGUAUUAGUGUGGGAGUGGGACCUGCAAAACAUCGAAAACGAGGAGGAUAUGCGGCCAGAAUUUGAAACGUCCGUAAAAACCUUCCGUACGAAUCCUGUGACGCGCGAGAAAGAACCCUUUAUGCCAACGUGGGACCGAGCCGUGCGUUUUAUGGCGACUUCUAGUGCUGUACUGUUCAUGAUAUGUGUCGUCCUCGGUGCCGUGCUGGGAACCAUAAUCUACCGAAUCUCACUCGUAUCUGUGAUCUAUAGUGGUGGCGGAGCGUUCUUCCGCAAACAUGCCAAACUUUUUACCACGAUGACUGCCGCUCUGAUUAAUCUUGUUAUAAUCAUGAUUUUAACGCGUAUCUACCACAGGUUAGCAAUCUAUCUUACAAAUUUAGAGAAUCCACGAACGCAAACGGAGUACGAGGACUCGUAUACGAUCAAGAUAUUUGUAUUCGAAUUUAUGAACUUCUACAGUUCACUGAUCUACAUCGCAUUCUUCAAGGGACGCUUCUACGAUUAUCCGGGGGAUGACAUUGCAAGGAAAAGUGAGUUUUAUCGAUUGAAAGGGGAUAUCUGUGAUCCAGCGGGAUGUUUAAGUGAGCUCUGUAUCCAGCUGGCCAUCAUCAUGGUGGGAAAGCAGUGCUGGAAUAAUUUCAUGGAGUAUUUCUUUCCCGCAUUUUAUAAUUGGUGGCGCCAACGUAAACACAAACAGCUUACGAAAGAUGAGACUCACCUACACAUGGCUUGGGAACAAGAUUAUCACUUACAGGACCCCGGCAGAUUGGCGUUAUUCGAUGAAUAUCUUGAAAUGAUUGUUCAGUAUGGGUUCGUAACUCUUUUCGUUGCCGCCUUCCCUUUGGCGCCUUUGUUUGCUCUUUUGAACAAUAUCGCUGAGAUUCGGCUCGACGCCUACAAAAUGGUAACGCAGUCGCGGAGGCCACUUGCCGAACGCGUUGAAGACAUUGGAGCGUGGUAUAGGAUUUUAAAAAUCAUAACUUAUACUGCUGUCGUGUCGAAUGCAUUUGUGAUAGCGUACACUAGCGAUUUCAUCCCACGAAUGGUCUACAAAUAUGUCUAUUCACCUCAGUUUUCGCUACAUGGUUACAUCGAGCACUCGCUCUCAGUUUUCAACACAUCCGACUAUAAGGAGGAGUGGGGCACGAAAACAGAAUCCGACCCUGACACCUGCCAUUAUCGAGGCUACAGAAACAGUCCCACCGAUAACGAACAGUACGGACUGAGCCCCCACUAUUGGCACGUUUUCGCGGCUCGACUGGCAUUCGUGGUGAUCUUCGAACACAUCGUGUUCGUACUCACGGGCAUUAUGCAAUUCAUCAUCCCGGACAUUCCGGAUGAGGUUAAAACCCAAAUCCAGCGCGAGCAAAUGCUGGCGAAGGAAGCCAAAUAUCAGCACGGAUUGAAGAAAUCUCGAGACACCGAUUACGAGGAAAUUCUGCAUGCGUUGCGCGAGCAGAGUAACAACAGCCGACAGGGAGUUAGAGGAAGCUGGGCAAGGCGACUCAGCCGACUGAGCGAUGGUCUCGAUGCACACGUGGAGGUUGCGAAUCGUCCCCGACAAUCCAUGGAAUCAACCGUAUGGGAGGUUACAUAGCAUUAGUGGAAUCAACGUAGUGUUUUCUAUCAUUCAAUAACUAUUACAGCUUUCAUUGUGUUUCUAUUUAGUAUAAUUCGUACAAACAAAUACAAAAGCAAUUGUAUACAUUUUCCUAAAA